AUGGCAGGUGUCCUAGCCAAUGCUCAUCAAGCCCACUUCUCCACUUCAGUUGUGAAUGAAACAGGAGGACUCCGUGUGAGGAGACCAGGCUGGGAUGAAGAAGUGGACAAGGACGCCUCCGGGAAUCUCAUAUUCCAGUCCCUCGCAUCUCUCAUGCAGAUGAAACCAAACUCGAGAUACGGCAAUGGUCAUUCAAUUGCUCGCGCCAGCAUCCCUGCCAGGACAUUACUGUAUCAUGGAUCCUUCCACUCGGAGUAUCCCUCGAGAGAUUGGAUUGCUUUCGAUCCUGAGCACGCUUUCAUAUUCACUGGUCAAUCGGACGGCACUCUCUGGACCCUCACGACGACACGGGAACUCAAUUUUAUCUACUUCGAUGGCUGCAGUGCCAACAAGCAUGGUGCCGUCCUAGAUACACAAGAUAUAUUCCUCUGGGGUCACGGUGAGGUUGGACGUAAACGAGGUGACUGGCGGGUCGACGAGUUUGCUCGUUUCAAUGAUGGGUGCGAGUGGGCGAAACUGCACGGCAUAGACGGCUUCAUCAGAAUGGAAUGGGACUUGUAUGUGAGCUCAGUACUGCGUCGAGACAUGACCUGA